CAUCUCCCAGACAGUACACACUACACACUACAUACUGCCGCAGCAGAGAACAGAGGACCGCGCAAACGAGCAGAAACAUUCAGAUCAUUUGGAGACACGAAAGCCAAACAGUGGAACCAUGUUUGGAUGCUGCAUUACCUCUUUUCUCUUUCUGUCGGCAACCUCUGAGUUUUUUGUGGCGGUCCUCUCAGAGAACAACACUGGAGGUACGGCACAAAAGAAUACCCCUGAAAUGGGCUUCACUCGUCACAAUAUUUUGACCGCCCAGUUUGAAUGCUACCAGAAGAUUAUGAAAGACACUAAUCACAACAGAACAGAUGGUUCUAUGUGUAAGCGGAUCUGGGAUGGAUGGAUGUGCUGGGACGAUUUGGAAGCAGGAGUCACUUCAGCCCAGCAUUGUCCAGACUACUAUAAUGACUUUGACACUUCAGAAAUGGCGAUAAAGAUUUGUACUGAUUCAGGCCAUUGGUUCGUUCACCCAGAGAGUAACAGAACAUGGACAAAUUACACGGGCUGUAAUCAUAUGUCCAACGAUCACAAAAGGACAGCAUUUAAUCUCUAUUACUUGACUUUGAUUGGUCAUGGAUUGUCGCUGAUAUCUUUGUUUACUUCUCUGGGGAUAUUUUUCUAUUUCAAGAGCUUAAGUUGUCAAAGGAUAACUCUACACAAGAAUCUGUUCUUCUCUUUUGUGCUGAACUCGGUUAUAACCAUAAUCUUUUUCACUUGUGUUGCAAACAACCAAGAAGUAACACAAGCCAACCCAGUGAGCUGUAAAGUGUCUGUGUUCAUCCACCAUUAUCUCCUGGGCUGUAACUACUUCUGGAUGUUGUGUGAGGGAAUCUACCUGCACACACUCAUUGUUGUGGCAGUGUUUGCUGAGAAGCAGCACCUCAUGUGGUAUUACCUCCUAGGAUGGGGCUUCCCAUUAAUACCUGCAUUUAUCCAUGCAAUAUCACGAAGUUAUUACUACAAUGACAACUGUUGGAUAAGCUCGAACACUUCUUUGCUCUACAUUAUUCAUGGUCCCAUCUGUGCAGCCCUGUUGAUUAACCUCUUCUUCCUUUUAAACAUUGUGAGAGUGUUGAUCACUAAGCUGAAGGUGACCCACCAGGCAGAAUCCAGUCUGUACAUGAGGGCCGUCAGGGCCACCUUAAUCCUGGUACCUCUGCUGGGCAUUCAGUACUUACUGCUGCCCUACAAACCAGACGGACGGCUCGCCUCCGAGAUAUUUAUGCACACUAUGAACAUACUUAUGCAUUACCAGGUAAGUGUUGUUGACAACAGACCAACACUGUGA